CUGGAGAAUUGCGGUUAUGACAGUUAGUCCUGGUUUUCUUCUCUGCUCGGUCCCUCGCUAUAACAAGAACUCAGCAGUCUGAGGUUUUUCCUUGUCAACGGAGAUUAAUGGCUCAACUUCUCCGACUUCCACCGCCAUACUAUUCGUCUUGUUCCCCUUCUCUCUUUCACCUGAAGCUCAGAAUCCCUACUAGGAUAGGCGGAACCCGGAUUGCCAACCAUUUUCCAGUCUCCUUUUCCCUCAGAGCAUCCUCUACGCUUGCAACCGACGCCGCCCCCUGCAAUGACUCGUCUCCGCCGAUCAAAUUGGCGUCCCUUACUGCGCUCAAGCCGUACCUCCAAUCUGAGUGGCGGCCGAUCAUCUCUGGCUGGCUCUGCAGUGCAAUAUCGGUCUACUCGCUCUCGAGAAUCGUCCCUCUGGCGGGAAAGCUCUCUUCUGUAAUGGCCACUGAAAAUUUGAUGAGCCUGAGAAACGAGGGUCUGAUAUUGGGGGUUCUUGUUUUGACUCGAAUUGUGGCGAAUUAUUUGCAGCAGGCGUUUUUGUGGGAGGCCGCGUUGAAUUGUGUGUACAAAGUUAGGGUUUUUGUGUUCAAUAGGGUUCUGCAGAGAGAUUUGGGGUUCUUUGAGGGUGAAAAAGGAAUUUUACCUGGCGAUGUCGCUCACCGGAUAUCGGCCGAGGCAGAGGAUAUAGCUGACACUGUAUAUUCUCUCCUGAAUACAAUUAUACCAAGCACCCUGCAAUUAUCUGCUAUGGCUACUCAGAUGUUAGUCAUAAGCCCUGUGCUCUCACUAAUUUCUGCACUGGUGAUUCCAUCAAUGGCUCUCAUAAUUGGAUUGCUUGGAGAAAAACUUCGUACAAUAUCAAACAAGGCACAACUUAGUACAGCUGCUAUGUCAGCCUACCUAAAUGAGGUACUCCCUUCAAUUCUUUUUGUCAAGGCAAACAAUGCAGAAUCCAGUGAACGUAUAAGAUUCAAGUUGCUUGCUUCUGCUGACCUCUCUGCGUGUUUGAAAAAGAAGCAGAUGAAGGUUUUAAUUCCUCAGAUAGUGCAGAUGAUGUUUUUCGGGGUUCUAUUCAUGUUCGGUGCCAGUUCAUUCGUAGUUUCAAGCGGCAUAUUCAAUUUCUUCACCAUGGUUUCUUUCAUAACAUCACUGGUUCUGUUGAUUGAUCCUAUCCAGGGUGUGGGAAAAGCAUACAACGAGUUAAAACAAGGGGAACCAGCUAUAGAGCGGUUGUUCAAUUUGACCUUGUUCAAAUCCCAGGUAAUUGAGAAACCAGAUGCAGUUGAUUUGGCAUCUAUUACAGGAGAAGUGAAAGUUUGUGGCCUUUCUUUUACAUAUGGAGACAGUAUCACACCUGUAUUUGAUGGGCUGGAUCUUCAUAUUAAUGCUGGAGAGACGAUUGCCCUUGUUGGGCCAUCAGGAGGCGGCAAGACAACUCUUGUGAAACUUCUGCUUCGCCUAUAUGAACCUCUUUCCGGAUUGAUAUUAAUAGAUGGAUAUGACAUUCGAAAUAUUCAGUUAGAGAGCUUAAGGAAACAUGUUGGUCUGGUUUCUCAAGAUACGGUACUCUUUUCAGGGACUAUUGCUGAGAACAUUGGGUACAGGGAUCUAAUAAGUGGUAUCAACAUGGACAGCGUCAAACUUGCUGCCCAAAUUGCAAAUGCUGAUGAAUUCAUUAGAAGUCUCCCUGAUCAGUACCAGACCACUGUUGGGCCCAGGGGCUCAAACUUUAGUGGAGGCCAAAAGCAAAGACUAGCUAUUGCAAGAGCACUCUACCAGAAUCCAUCUAUUCUUAUUCUAGAUGAAGCAACUUCUGCAUUAGACAGCAGAUCCGAGUUCUUGGUGAGGCAAGCUCUGCAGCGGUUAUUGCGAAAUCGCACAGUAUUGGUGAUUGCCCAUCGAUUGGAAACUGUUCAAAUGGCUGAAAGAAUUUUCAUGCUAAAUGAUGGAAAGCUGCAGCAGCUGAGUCAUUCUGAUCUUUUGGAUGGUAAACAUGGAUCACUAGCAACAGCCCUUGUACUGUAGUAAUAUCCUAGGGCGGACACUGUUUCACAGUCAGGCUAGCUAUGGAAAUUCUCCCGUUGGCUUAAAGUGUUCCCACAACGCUAUUCCACAUCACGCAGAGGAACGCUUGAAUUAGAUCGAACACGCCUGGAUUUGUUAUUGUAUUCAUACUGCAGCUAUUUGUGUGCUUCAAAUUCAGUUAUUUAUGCAAAGUAGUCCACUUGUGUAAUGACAUUUUGAGUUGCUUCUACUGCUCCUUUUUCAUUCAUUAACAAUGGUAAGAUUUCCCCGGUGCCGUUCUAAUUGUUUGGCAGGAUUGGUU